AUGACCGUCUCACCUGCACCUCAAGAAUCGCAAGUUGCCCAUGCUACCCGCAAGUCCAUAAAGAAAAACUUCCCAAUGGGCUCGGUCAUGAGCAAGGGCGCGGACAAUCCCAUCACUUUGCACUCUGUCAACGAUGACGUCUUUGUCCGCUUUUGGUCUUUGAUUGGAGAAACAAUGCUGGUCGACGGUGAGUUGGCCCGCUCCACGAAAGAAGCAAUCGCAAACUUGAUCAGCACGCGCAAUGAUUGCCCUAUCUGCAUCAACGCACACUGUGCCCUCCAAGCAGCGGCUACCAGAGCCGAGACCUACCAGCAAAAGAAGAAACAGAAAUCGGACGCGAAAGACAAAGCAGCCGCUGCCAAGGAAAGCAAGGGGUUGGAGGAAGAGCGAAAGCGCCACAAGCAGGCCUUGGACUAUGCUGGUCUCGUCUUUGACGCCAUGGAAAAUAAGCAAGACAUGGAUGCUCUUUCAUCGGACUCUUCUUCGGGAAGCAACCGAAGGUUUUCUCGCUUGAGCGAUGGUGCCAGGGCAGAGUGCGCGUUGGUAGUUGUCCUGUUCGUUCACAUGAACAGGGUUGUCAGUGCCAUUCUGGGCGAGGAAAUGUCCACAGCCAUGUUCAGCGUACCUCGUGCCGCCGCCAAGGUCAUGGAAAGCAAGGGGAUGGUACAGUUCAUGAGCCGUGUCAUGUCUCCUCUCUUGUCUAGCUCCUUUGAAACCAAAUUGGAAGCAGGCCUGACCGCCUCAUUGUUCCCAAACAACGACGACGGAGCUGCAGGCAUCUCCCAGGCUCCUUUGCCGCCUCAUCUUCGUGGAGCGCUGUUGGCUGGUGUGGAGAGAGCAAACGCUCUUGCCCGUUUGCAACACUGGGUUGACAAUUAUUGUAAGGAGACACUCGUCGGCUAUGGGAUCGUCUCCAAGAAUCUCAUCCGUUUUUUGGACGAGGCCAAAGUGUCCCCACCAGAGUUUUCGAUCUAUUCGCCCGAAGUCCUCUUGGAGUGGGCUGAUACUGAUGUACCCGAAAAGAUGAAGCAGUGGGGAGGAUUGGAUGCCUCACAGCAAACUAUUGGGGCAGUCCUCAUGUUGACCGAGGUUGCCCCCCAAGUAGUGCACUCACAAACAAGAUACUGGGACUCCCUGGUGCAACUGUUGGGAAACAAAAUGGCGCGGACCGUUGUUGUAUGGUGGUCGCUCCGUCUUGCCCUCAAGGAAGCCAAAGGCCUUGACCAGGAAAUCGAUGCGCAAACGAUGAUGGGGCUGUUGAGCCAGUAA